CCAACCGAACACCGCCUGGCGGACAUCCACGCGCCGACACCCCAGCGGUUCCUCAUAGCGUGCGCCGCCCGCCGGGAACUGCGUAUCGUGCGCCUGUGCCAUGACUAGGAGGAAAAGGAGGGGGAUGAGCUCGUAUUCGCCUCCGCCCGCACCGUCGCCGCCGUAUUCGGUCGAGGUCUCAGUGCUUUCCGCACUUGCUCUCGUUCUCCUCUCUCUAGCUUUGCUCUCUGCUACUGCGACUACUACUUCCGCCGCCUUCGCAUUUUCGCUCACGGAAACGGAUCAGCUGCUAGAUGCGAAUGCGUCUGGAUUGAACUCCACGGGCGGUGAACCGCGGAACCCGCCCAAGGAGGACAGCUUUGCUGACAUGAUCGAUCGAGCUCUGGAAAAGGAAUUCAAUGAGACUGAUCAGAGCGAAGCUAAUGAUGCAGGCAGCUUCAACAAUACCGUCUCAGAGCAGCAGGCAGUGCUAGAGACUGUGGCUAGAGUUAAGCCCAAGAAAAAUGACACAAAAAAGGAGGAACAGUCCUUUCAACUUCACCAUGUUUUCAACCUUGAUAACGACCAUGGAGCAGAAGAGACACCUACUUUGAUUGAUAGGAAGGACAAUGUAUUUAUCAUAUCUAAUUUCAAGUCGAAAUAUCCAGUGCUGCAAUUAGACUUAAGGCUGAUAUCAGAUCUGGUAGUUGUCAUUGUUGCUGCAACUUGUGGUGGAAUUGCUUUUGCUUGUGCUGGACAACCAGUUAUAACUGGAUACUUACUAGCAGGAUCUAUUGUUGGGCCUGGAGGCUUUAACGUUGUAAGUGAGAUGGUGCAAGUAGAGACUGUUGCUCAGUUUGGUGUAAUUUUUCUUCUAUUUGCUUUGGGACUAGAGUUUUCCACAACUAAGCUCCGAGUUGUUCGAGCAGUAGCUGUUAUUGGAGGCCUGCUUCAGAUUCUCUUGUUCAUGUGUCUCUGUGGAAUCACUGUUUCGUUGUGUGGUGGGAAAUCUUCAGAGGGUAUUUUUGUCGGUGCUUUUCUCUCGAUGUCUUCAACUGCAGUGGUUUUAAAAUUCUUGAUGGAAAAGAAUAGUACCAACACCAUUCAUGGCCAAGUUACCAUUGGCACUCUUAUUCUGCAGGAUUGUGCUGUGGGUCUUCUGUUCGCGCUACUUCCAGUACUGGGAGGGACCUCUGGUGUACUGCAGGGAGUUAUAUCCAUGACAAAGUCGUUGCUGACAUUGGUCGCAUUUUUGGCCAUUUUAACAAUAUUGUGUCGGACAUGUGUCCCAUGGUUCCUGAAAUUGAUGAUUAGCUUAUCAUCACAGACCAAUGAACUUUAUCAACUGGCUGCUGUUGCAUUUUGCCUCCUUGUUGCUUGGUGUAGUGACAAGCUGGGUCUCAGUUUGGAAUUGGGUUCAUUUGCUGCGGGGGUGAUGAUAUCAACCACCGACCUUGCUCAACAUACCCUUGAACAAGUUGAACCCAUACGAAACUUCUUUGCUGCUUUGUUUCUUGCUAGCAUCGGGAUGCUUAUACAUGUUCAUUUUCUCUGGAACCAUGUUGAUAUCUUACUAGCGUCAGUUAUACUAGUGAUUAUUGUUAAAACUGCCGUAAUCUUUACCGUCGUCAAGGGAUUUGCCUACAACAACAAAACUUCACUUCUGGUUGGGAUGUCUUUAGCACAAAUUGGGGAAUUUGCUUUUGUGUUGCUCAGUCGUGCAUCAAAUCUUCAUCUUGUUGAGGGGAAACUGUAUCUUUUGCUUCUUGGAACAACAGCUCUUAGUCUGGUAACUACUCCAUUGCUUUUCAAGCUUAUACCUGGCGUGGUUCACCUCGGGGUUCUACUUAGGUGGUUUACACCCGACAGCCAAAUUGAGUUGGGGUUGAAAGGGGAUAGCCUCCGUUCGGAGAGUGUUAAACAAAGAAUCGCCUUGAUAUCAAAGGAUCUCUUGAUUCACCAAGGAUAAAAUUAGCCAAAACAACCGAUCAAUGCCAUGGAUACAUACCCAUUCAAGCUCGGGCAAGAGAGGUCUUCUUGCAUGACUCCAUUUCAGCGGCUUUCUCCAUUACAAAGAACUUUCCUUAAAUGGGUAAAUGGCAGUGGAGGUUUUCUAACUGACAAAACCACUAACAAAAAGCUUAAGCUUUCGCGUUUAGCCAAUGUAAUUCCUGUUUUCGUCUAGUUAUUCUUUUUUCCUUUUUAAAAAAGUGUAAAAUAGUACUCGUAUUUAUUAAUUAUUUAUUUAUUGGAGGGGGUUGUGAUGUAAUGGGCUAGUGAAAUUUCUUCCGUCACAAUUGGUAUGUAUGUUUUUUUUGGGUGUAGCUUCCAAAAUGUAACAAACAUUUCGUGCUCCCCCCUCAUCCCAAUUGUAUAAAAACUGUUCGUGUUUACUUUGUUCCGGCUUGGACAAGAGGAAGAGAUUUAAUAGAACAUACUUAACAAGUUUACUCAAGCCUCUUUUUUCUGGAAUAACAUCUGCUGACAUUUUGCAGAUUGGCCAGUGGACGUUGCGCAUUUGGUAAGGCAAGGGGUGCCAAAGGGGUAAAACUCAAGUUCAAUAUUUGGUAACUGCGCUGGGAGGCAACUAUGCUAAGCAUAGAGCCUCUGCAAGUACCCGGUGAAGGCUCUACUGUUUGCCAUUAUUCUGCGAUUAAAGUUUAAUUUAUCUACUCUCAGUGACCGUCCGACUGGGUUUGAAGGAGCCCUCGGGGAUGAAGUUCAUCUUUUUUUUAUAAUGGCAGAUUGGUAGAACAUGUUAAAG